UAUGCAGUGAACAUAUGUGAGCCGUGGAGGUUGGGUUUUGAGUGUGAAGUAGGAGCAGUGUCCGAAAAUAAUUUUAUAAUGAAAAUCAGUUUUGAUGUAAAAUUCUCUAGAGAAUCUCAGUUUCAGCAUCAGCGAUAUUGUCGUGUUCUUAAAAAUGCCGUUUAAUUGAGGAAACUGUGCUGCUAAUAUGUCAAGCCCAGAAAUUUUGUCUGAAGUAAAAGCUGGAGAGGAUCUGUUAAACAACACAUUUCUGACUGGAGGUCCGGGGAUGGGGUUAAAUUUAAGAGUCCAUAGAGUGUUGCACAUUGUUGCUGGGAUCGUAAUGAGGUGUUGGGCUCUAGCAGGUGCAGCAGUUCUUGCUUGUUUACUACUUUACUGGGCUUACGGUGGUAUUUUGGCAUUUCUGCUGCUUUGUUUUGCCACGACAGGUAUUUUAUAUCAUACAGAGGACAACCUUCUUUACCACCCUGAAAUGCCAGCACAUUCAAGAGUCUUUGUUCCAGUCCCUUCAUUGUUUGGGCUCCCGUAUGAAAAUGUUUUUGUUCGAAGUGCAGAUGGAACAUUACUUCAUCUUUUUUUCAUUCGCCAACCAGGUGACCAGGCAGCUGAAGCACCAACAAUUCUUUACUUGCAUGGCAAUGCUGGGAAUAUGGGUCACAGGUUGCAAAAUGUCCUUGGCUUUUAUCAGUAUCUUCAGUGCAAUAUUCUUAUGUUGGAGUACCGUGGUUAUGGACUGUCGCAAGGUUCACCUAGUGAAGAAGGCCUCUAUAUGGAUGCAAGGACAGCUUUAGACUUUCUGUCUUUGAGACAUGAUGUAAAUCAUAAGGAAAUUAUUGUUUUUGGAAGAUCUCUGGGUGGUGCUGUUGCAAUUGAUGUGGCAGCUCGGCCGGAGUAUGCUUCAAGAAUUUGGUGUCUCAUUUUAGAGAAUACGUUCACUAGUAUUCCUGAUAUGGCAAAAGUGUUGAUUGGUUGGCGAGUUUUGCAGUAUUUGCCUCUUUGUUUCUACAAGAACAAGUUUUUGUCAGUGUGGAAGAUGGCACACCUGGCUGUACCUACAGUGUUUGUGUCCGGCCUGGCCGACACAUUGGUGCCCCCACGCAUGAUGGUAGAGUUACACCAGCGAUGCGGCAGCCAUCAUAAACAGCUGGUGCAGUUUGAUUCAGGAACACACAACGAAACAUGGACUAACCCAGGUUAUUACCAGUCACUAGCUACCUUUCUUCAAGAUGCACGUAUUAGACAUACAAUACCUCCUUCCACACUUGCACUGAAACCCAUGUGACAGGCUGUCUCCUGGUAGACUUCACAUGCAAAAGAUUACAUCUUCUCUGGUAUUAUUUUACUUUCAUAGACAUCCGAGUUCAGAGGUGUACAUGCAAUAGUUACGAACAAUAUAGUGAUCUGAAAUUCCUCUAUUGGUUAAAAGUGAAUAUAUCCUUGGUAUAAGUUAAAAGCAGCAUAAGAAUUCAGCAUCAGUAUCACUAAUUUGGAAUCUCUGCCAUGUGAGGUUGAAGGCUUCUGUAAACACUUCAAGAUAUUACAUCAUAUUGACUGGAGUGAUCGUUCAACAUUUUUUAAUUUUAUGCAAGAAAACUUGGUAAUACACUAAGCUAGUCAGUCAGAGCUCCAGGAAACUCGUCUUUAAUGUGAUUAUGUCAUUUCUUGAUGUUCCUGAUUGCACUGAACACAUAAGGCUGAAAUGUAAAACCAGUCAUUUUCAGUGGUUGUGAAAUCAGAUGUCCAUAAUACAUUUAAAAUAUUCAGCACCCAAUUCUGUCCAACUGUACUACAAUAAUUAAAUAUUACAAAAUGAAAUCCAUCCUAUGAAACUUUAGUUUAAAAUAUGUAGCAGUGGUUUUGCUGUCAUGUUUGCUGUUGAUCUCAUAAAAUCCUAUUUCAGUAAAAUAAGAAAACAUAUCUACCAGUUGAUUUGACAUGGAUAAAACUGGCAUAUCAAUCAAAACAUUCCGGCCAUGUUUCAGAAUUGUUAAUGGUGUACGAACUCUGGAAGAAUUGAUGUAUAUGUUGCUUUUUAUAUAAGCACUGCAUUAUGUAAUGGAAAAAUAUUUUUAGCUACUUUUUAGCUGAUCCUUUGCUUAAAUAUUAAUGUAGUGCAUGAAAAAUUAGCUCUGUUGUUGGUAAGGAUGAAGCAGUGAUUGGCGUUUCUUGAAAUACUGCUUUCAUUUCUGGUGACUAAAAUUACAUAUUCUGGGUUUGCAGAGUAAUGAAUGAAUGAUACAGAUUAUUUUGGGAGAGUUUUUUAAAGCUAAAUGUUAAUCAGUGUUUCAAAGUGAUAUAAUGAAAUGACUAUGUGAAUAAGCAAGCAAAAAAAAAAGUCUUAUUGUUGAUGACUUGAUUCAAUUUGAUUGCAGCUUUAAAAAUGUAGACAAUACUCAUUAUUCCAUUGUGCCUCUUGGAAUUUGCACCAAAAUAUAAAUUCUGCAUUACAUGAAUACUGGUAUUGUAUCAGACAUUAUUCAUUGUCUAAAGUAAAUUUGAUAUACAUGCUUUGGGAGUAGAUUCUACUCCCAUCUUCAGGUGGUGUUUUUUUUUUUCAGACAUACAUGUCACUUUCCCUAUAUAAGUGGCAACAGUUGGGAUAAAGCCUUGAACAUUAAGAAUAUUAGGUUAGUACGUAAAUCACUACAGAGCUGUAAUAGCAAAUAUACAAUACCUCAGACAACAGACAAUGUCCACGUAAAAUAAGUUCAUGUAAUGGAUAGAACAUUAUCAUGUACGUUUUAGAGAAUUAUAACUUCUGUACAUUUUCAGCCUAGUUGUGGAAAAAUCCACAUAUUUAUUACAAAUUAUAAUUUCUUAAUGUGCUUUGCUCACUGGUUGAUUAUUUCUUGAUUGUAAUAGCUCAAAAACCAUUGUUAUUUAAGAAGCCAGAAUGGUUCCUAAAUAUAUGUGGAAUCAUGCUCACUUCACACAAUUCAAUAAAUGUCUGCUGCUACAGAAAUGUA